AUGAUAAAUUGGCGCAAUGAGUUUGUGGGCGGUAUUGAACGCAUCUAUUUUGAUAAAACCGGUAAACAGAUCGCAGCGCCCAAGGAGUCAGUCAACAGGAGAGAAGCCGAAAACUUUUAUAGUUUAGGCGAUUUAGUCAAAGCAAUCGAUAUCACAGUGUUUAUAAAUAUCGGCAAAUGUAUGAUCGGAUGUAUAGUGAAAGCGCAUCUCAGGAAACAGUGUAUGAAAAUUGUGUCGUGUUUUUGGGCGUGUAUUACAAACCGUAAUGAAGAUCCAACGCUCAAGAAAGUAGUAGAACUGACUGUCAGUCAAAGGCUUAUGAUUGCCGUCGGAAUGGUUGACGACCCGAGAGAUCAAAACAGGACUGAAUUAGAAAGGCAUGAUGUGGUCAAGUUUGCCGCGUGCGGUGGCAAAUGCCUUAUCGUUCAUUUACCUCAAGGAAUCAAUAAUCCGUCCGAAUUCUCUGACCAACCGAUUGAAUAUCCGUUAAGAUUUCGUUGGACUCUGGACUCCUGCUGGUCGUCAUACAUCUCUGUGUCAUCGCUCUGUCCGUAUUGUUUGGCAAACGGACAGCGACUUUGUUUACCACCAGAAUAUAGAGGAUAUGAGUUCUCUUCAUCUGAUUCUCCGUUGCGCUUUGGGCUGAUUUCUCAUCAAAUGGACCGGGAUCACCUGUUGUCCCGAAUUGUCCGCUCGAUACAAAUAGCCGCCAUUCCUAGGAGGGGGUCCGCCAUAGCCCGGGUAUCCGUAAACCACUUGCAGAACACAAACCGCUAA